AAUUUAUUGUGUAGGCUGAUGCAGUCAGUAAGCACUGCCUUCUCGUCUAACACUAAGACGCACAGACAUGCACACUUGCCACAACUCCUACAGUGUAAUAGGUUUCUGUUGAUUUCAGAGAACAUCAGCUACAAGGCUGAUACACAAGCAACAGUUGAGGAUUCUCAAACAGUAGCUCCAGGUAGAAUGGACCUCCACUGUCCUGUAUGUCUACAUGUAGCCACUUUUCCUGUGGAGACAAACUGUGGCCAUCUCUUCUGUGCUCCUUGUCUUAUAUCUUACUGGAAACACAGCUGCUGUUUAGAGGCUAUCAGCUGCCCUUUGUGCAGACAAAAGGUGAAUGUCAUGUUUCACCUGUUUCAUGAGAGCAGAUCAGACAGGAAGGAGAGAGAGGUACUAAGCCAUGUUAAAGACUAUAAUAAACGCUAUUCUGGAGCACCAAGAAGAAUAAGUGACUACCUCUUUGAUGCUCCAUUCUUUAUGCUGCUUUUGUUGCGUACUUUGGGAAACAUGAGCGGUUUGGUGUGGCUCUUCUUGCUGAGAGUGGCACUGUGUGGAUUCGGGGCAGCUGCAUCCUUUGUGUCUCCAUUAGAGGCUAUGCCCGGGCACUUCAGCAGGGCAUUGGGGCUUUUAGAUGACCUAGUGGUAGUCUUUAUCCUCCUCAUCGCCAUGAUAAACAUCCACCAGCAGAUGGUGCCAGAAAGGACAACCAGGCCGCACACUGUGGAACAUGGAAUACUGUCGGACAUGUUGUAAAAUGGUGGGGAAAAGACGAUCGAUAUCGAGAAGCACCAUGAGAGAAUUCGUAAGGGACAUAAAGAAAGGAGACUAUUGUACUGACCACAACGUGUACAUGCACCUUAACUCUGUGUGAAUAAGGCAACACUGAGUGAUGCUUAUAACAGCGUGUGACUGUCAAUAGUUUACUCACAGUGUACACUGGUUAUAAUUCUCUUUUCAUGUAAUAUAAUAAAGUAUUUUUUUCUACUUUCGUUCUUUUAAAAUAUCAGUCUGGUGAAUAUUUAAAGAUGCUGAACAUCUCACACACAUCUCUC